ACAUAAUGUAUAACGGAUACAAACUAAACGAAUUUGUGCCACAAAAGACCUCGGCUUAUAUUAGCCAAAAUGAUGUACAUGUCGCUGAAAUGACUGUAAAAGAAACCCUAGAUUUCUCUGCAAGAUGUCAAGGAGUUGGAUCACGAUACGAGAUGUUGUCUGAGCUUGCGAGAAGAGAGAAAAGCGCUGGAAUAAUUCCCGACGCUGAAGUUGACCUAUUCAUGAAGGCAACUGCUAUAGAAGGAGUUAAAAGCAAUCUUAUUACUGACUACACAUUAAGGAUACUAGGACUUGAUGUAUGUCGCGAUACAAUCAUUGGGAAUGAGAUGAUUCGUGGCAUAUCUGGAGGCCAGAAGAAGCGAGUUACCACCGGUGAGAUGAUAGUUGGUCCAACAAAGACUCUUUUCAUGGAUGAGAUAUCAACCGGUUUGGACAGCUCCACAACUUUUCAAAUAAUCAAGUGUUUGCAGCAGAUCGUCCAUCUCACCGACGCCACCAUUCUCAUUUCCCUCCUCCAGCCGGCGCCAGAGACUUUCAAUCUCUUCGACGAUAUAAUACUCUUAUCCGAAGGCCAUAUCGUCUACCAGGGCCCUCGAGAACACGUUCUCGAAUUCUUCAAAACCUUUGGUUUCAACUGCCCGGAGAGGAAAGGCACAGCCGAUUUCUUGCAGGAGGUUACCUCCAAGAAGGACCAGGAGCAGUAUUGGGCCGACAGAGAGACGCCGUAUAGAUACGUGACUGUGAGUGAGUUCGCGCAGAGAUUUAAGACUUUCCAUUUAGGAUUACGCCUCGAGAAUGAGCUCGUGAUUCCCUUUGACAAGAGUCAAAACCACAAUGUUGCUCUCGUCUUCAACAGGUACUCUGUCCCGAAAUGGGAACUUCUCAAGGCGUGCUUCGACAAGGAAUGGCUGCUCAUCAAGCGGAAUUCAUUCAUUUACGUUUUCAAAACGGUUCAGAUCACAAUCGUCGCAGUCAUCGUGUCAACGGUUUUCCUUAGGACGGAAAUGCACACGAGGAAUGAAACCGACGGGAUAGUCUACAUCGGUGCUCUCCUGUUCAGUAUGCUCAUGAACUUGUUCAAUGGCUUCGCCGAACUUGCCCUCACCAUGCAAAGACUCCCUGUGUUGUACAAGCAUAGAGAUCUUUUGUUCCAUCCUACUUGGGCUUACACUCUUCCCAGUUUCUUGCUUGGGAUACCAAUCUCCAUGCUCGAAUCGAUUGUAUGGCUUAUCGUUACGUACUUCACAAUCGGCUUUGCUCCUGAAGCCGACAGGUUCUUUAAGCAACUGCUGAUAAUAUUCCUGAUCCAACAAUUGGCUGCUGGACUCUUCAGGCUCAUAUCUGGAGUUUGUAGAACCAUGGUCAUCGCCAGCACCGGUGGAACUCUCGUUCUUCUCCUUGUAUUCCAGCUCGGCGGUUUCAUCCUUCCAUAUGAUCAAAUUCCAAAGUGGUGGCAGUGGGGAUACUGGGCAUCUCCAUUGACUUAUGGAUUCAAUGCUUUAGCUGUAAAUGAGAUGUUUGCUCCGAGGUGGAUGAAUAAAUCGGCAUCGGAUGGUGUAACGAAGCUUGGUGUUGCGGUUCUAAAUGUAUUUGAUGUACCUGUUGAACCAAAUUGGUAUUGGAUUGGAGUAGGAGCUCUUACAGGGUUCAUACUUUUGUUCAACAUUUUCUUCACCCUCGCAUUGGCGUAUCUAGAUCCAUUUGGGAAGACGCAAGCAGUCAUGUCCAAGGAGACAGCCAUGGAAAUGGAAGCUCGCCAAGAAGAAACAAAGGAAGCUCCAAGACUUGGAACAAACGGAUCUGUGAAGGAUACAUUCCCCUAUGGAAACAAUAUUAGAGAAAUGGCUAUUCUAAGUACGAGCAGCCAAUCAAAUUCCAAGGAUUCGACAUUAGAGACUGCACCCAAGAAAGGAAUGGUGCUUCCGUUCACUCCACUAGCCAUGUCUUUCUACAAUGUGAAUUAUUACGUGGACAUGCCUCCUGAAAUGAAAGGGCAAGGAGUAACCGAAGACAGACUUCAGUUACUCCGAGACGUAACGAGCGCAUUUAGGCCUGGAGUUCUAACCGCACUCAUGGGAGUGAGUGGUGCCGGAAAGACCACCCUCAUGGACGUCCUCUCCGGGAGGAAAACCGGAGGAUAUAUCGAAGGCGACAUCAGAAUCUCCGGUUUCCCCAAGAAACAAGAAACUUUUGCUAGAAUUUCCGGAUACUGCGAACAAAAUGAUAUCCAUUCUCCCCAAGUCACAGUUAGAGAAUCCUUAAUCUACUCUGCUUUCCUUCGACUCCCCAAAGAAGUCAGCAUGAACGAGAAGAUGACAUUCGUGGACCAAGUUAUGGAGCUAGUCGAACUCGACAACCUCCAAGACGCCAUUGUUGGUCUCCCCGGGAUUACAGGACUAUCGACAGAACAGAGGAAGAGAUUGACAAUAGCAGUUGAGCUAGUUGCUAACCCCUCCAUCAUUUUCAUGGACGAACCAACGUCUGGAUUGGACGCGAGAGCAGCCGCCAUUGUUAUGAGGGCGGUUAGGAAUACAGUUGAUACGGGAAGAACCGUUGUCUGCACGAUUCAUCAGCCGAGUAUAGACAUCUUUGAAGCCUUUGACGAACUUCUUUUGAUGAAAAUUGGAGGACAACUUAUUUAUUCUGGCCCCUUGGGUCUAAACUCUCAAAAGAUCAUCGAAUAUUUCGAAGGUAUUCCCGGCAUUCCCAAAAUCAAGGAAAUGCAUAAUCCCGCAGCAUGGAUGUUGGAAGUAAGCUCUAUCGCGGCGGAAGUUAGGCUCGGGAUUGACUUCGCAGAGCUCUACAAUUCGUCAGCCUUAUACAAGCGAAACAAGGCUGUAGUGAAGGAGCUAGAAGUGCCUCCCUCGGGUGGCAAAGACCUUUACUUCUCGACACAAUACUCGCAGACAACUUGGGGACAAUUCAAAUCUUGCAUGUGGAAACAAUGGAGGACUUACUGGAGAAGCCCCGAUUAUAAUCUCGUCAGAUACUUCUUUACAUUAGUUGCCGCACUUUUCUUGGGAACUAUCUACUGGCAAGUUGGGACGAAAAGGGGAAGCAUAACGGAUUUAACAACAAUGAUCGGAGCAAUGUAUUCUGCUGUCAUGUUCAUCGGAAUUAAUAAUUGUGGAUCGGUACAGCCACUGGUAGCUACAGAAAGAACGGUUUUCUAUAGAGAAAGAGCUGCUGGAAUGUACUCUGCACUACCUUAUGCUUUUGCACAGGUGGUUACUGAAUUACCUUAUGUUUUUGUCCAAACGGCUUACUUUACUGUCAUAGUUUACGCAAUGAUUGGAUUCGAAUGGGCGGUUGGGAAAUUCUUUUGGUUCUUCUUCAUAACCUUCUUCUCUUUUCUCUACUUCACUUACUAUGGUAUGAUGAUGGUUUCCAUCACGCCCAACCAACAAGUAGCAUCCAUAUGUGCAGCAGCUUUCUACUCGCUCUUCAACCUUUUCUCUGGAUUCUUCAUUCCGAAACCGAGGAUUCCAAAGUGGUGGAUAUGGUACUACUGGAUUUGCCCAGUAUCAUGGACAGUUUAUGGAUUGAUAGUAUCUCAAUAUGGUGAUUUAGAGACUACUCUUUCGGUUCCAGGAGUGAAACCCGACCCUACGAUCAAGUCAUACAUCGAAAGUCAUUUCGGGUAUGACCCUGAUUUUAUUGGAGGAAUUGCAGGAGGAUUGGUUGGUUUCACUGUAUUUUUUGCAUUCAUGUUUGCCUUUUGUAUCAAGACUCUAAACUUCCAAACAAGAUAG